AUGUACCUUGUCACUGUGUUGGGAAACCUGCUCAUCAUCCUGGCAGUCAGCUCAGACUCCCACCUCCACACACCCAUGUACUUCUUCCUCUCCAACCUGUCCUUGGUAGACAUCUUUUUCACUUCUACCAUUGUCCCAAAGAUGCUAUGGAACAUCCAGAAACAAAACAAAGCCAUAACCUAUGGAGGAUGCAUCACCCAGAUGUAUUUUUUCUUACUAUUUGCAGGACUGGACAACUUCCUCCUGACUGUGAUGGCCUAUGACAGACAUGUGGCCAUCUGCCACCCCCUGCACUACUUGGUCAUCAUGAACCCUCGGCUCUAUGGACUUCUGGUUCUGGUGCCCUGGAUCAUAAUUGUCUCCUUGUUUUAUGGUACAGCCUUAGGCGUGUACCUCAGUUCUGCUUUUACCCAGAGCUCACACUCAAAUGCAGCUGCCUCAGUGAUGUACACAGUGGUCACACCCAUGCUGAACCCUUUCAUCUAUAGUCUCAGGAACAAAGACAUAAAGAGGGCCCUGCAAAAAUUUAUUGGGAUAGUAGCUAUAAAAGGUCCAGUUGUCCUAGGGUUGAAGAAAUGCACAUGA